AUGGAAGCCCUUGGAGAUGAAGACUUCUUGGGGAGAAUUUCUUACACCGGAACUACGAGAUGGAUUCCAGCUGGUCUGAUUCAGACUCUUUGCAACGUUGAUAUGUAUAAAUUUCCAUUUGAUACACAAACUUGCUCAUUCACUUUAUCACCGUGGGGAUAUGCUCCAUCUGAAGUGAGAUUAAUCCCUUCUAACGGUUUGACAGUCGCGGAUACGACGUACUACUCCCCGAAUGCCCAAUGGACAUUACAAAAGGCACUAAUGAGGCGGGCUGCUCUUGGAGAUUUUGAUAACUUAAUUGAAAUUCGACUAAUUUUGAAGAGGAAAUCUCUUUAUUUCAUCAUAAACAUGUUAGCCCCUAUCCUUUUAUUAUCCUUACUGAACCCUCUUGUGUUUGUAUUACCAGUUGAAAGUGGAGAACGUGUGUCUUAUGCUAUAACCAUCUUCUUGUCUUUUGCCGUGUUUAUGACUUUGCUCAGUGACAAUAUCCCCAAAUCUUCAGAACCAAUGUCUUUAAUGUCUUACUUCUUAAUCAUUACGAUGUCAAUGAGCACACUAAUAAGCGUUUUGGCUGUUGUUACGAUGCGUUUUCAUUUUAAAGACCCAACAUUCCAAGUCUCAAGAAAAGGUGUUUUUCUGCUAAAUGUUCUUCGAUUCCGAUUCCUGUACGACAUCUGUGGAAAACGAAAAAAGAAGGCUAAAGUCGCUGACAAAUCUGCCGAAUUGGAUGUAAGUUUUGAAAAGAAAUAUAUUGCUCCUGACGAGGAUGAGCAAGAUAUUGAGGCGGAGAAGAAAGUAACUUGGAAGAUUUUAGCGGAGGGAUAUGACAGAGUGAUGAUGCACUAUUUUUACAUCUUUCUUUUCUUUCAGUGGUUUAGUCUGAUGAUAGCAUUAACGUGA